AUGUUUCCCGCGUCCAUGGGAUUCGAACAGGCCACAACCUACGCCGACGCGACACAGUACGUGUACAACGGCCAGCAGUCACCAGGCGUUUUCGAGGAAGGUGACCUCCAGAUGCCACCCUCCAACCACUCCACAGCCUCGGCCUGUUCUUCCAACGCCGGCUCUCCGCUCUCCCACCAUGGCCAGAUUGGCCUGAAUCCCGAGUGGACGCAGCACGGUCUCGGACUCACACCCGGCAUCGUCCCCAGCGACUACUACAGUGCCGCCGGGACCGAGUACACGUCCUACACCGCACCAGGUAUGGAGGACUUCACUUUCGAGUUCCCGAGCACCAAGCCACACGGCUUUGUGGGUGAGUUGCCACACAUCUCUAGGACUCCUGUUCAGCCGCAACCCAAUUCUCUGUCUUCUCCUUCUGUUUCCUCUGUUGCUCGCGACCCCGAGAGCGAGGCUGCCCUUGCCGUCGACACCGACAUGCCACCACCGCCGACCUCUCCUUUAUCAUUUGUCUCUCCUAGCUCUGCUUCCUUCUCGUCCCCUGUCGUCCCGGCCUGGCCGGCCUCGCCGCGAACACCACGCGUGCCCCCUUUUUUCUCUCAAAGUAGUGGUCUCUUCACGGCACCUCUCGAGUGUUCUUAUCAGCCGGCCCAUGGCCAUGCCUGGUUACGAGGCCGCCUACCACCAAGCCUAUCCCGCGUCCCCCUCCGCCUCCUCCUCACCGCAGCCCGCCGCCCGCAACGCCAGCCGGUCUCCCUUUCUCCACGAGGGUUACCAACCGCACUACAGCCCCUACAGUGCGCCGCUGGACGGCCGCAGGCCGAGCAUUCACUCGUUCCAGUCUGGGUACUCCGAGGCCGGCAACGCGUACAGCGCGACGAGACCAAGGAAAAGCAGCGCUGCCCGCAUCCCGACUGUGGCAAGACGUUCAAGGACCUCAAGGCGCACAUGUUGACGCACCAGAACGAGCGGCCCGAGAAGUGCCCCAUCCAGACCUGCGACUACCACGUCAAGGGCUUUGCCCGCAAGUACGACAAGAACCGUCACACGCUCACACACUACAAGGGCAACAUGGUCUGCGGCUUCUGCCCCGGCUCCGGCACGCCUGCCGAGAAGUCGUUCAACCGUGCCGAUGUGUUCAAGCGCCACCUCACGGCCGUGCACGGCGUCGAGCAGACGCCUCCCAACAGCCGCAAGAAGACGUCCGGUGCCAACACGGGCAAGAAGCUGACGGGCUACCCGCCCGACGCCACGGGCAAGUGCUCGACCUGCUCACAGACCUUCUCGAACGCGCAGGACUUCUACGAGCACCUCGACGACUGCGUGCUGCGCAUCGUGCAGCAGGAGGACCCGUCCGAGGCCAACAACGCGCGGCUGCUCGCCGAGGUGGAGAACGACAAGAAGGUGCACCAGACGCUCGAGCGCAACAACCUGCCCACGCAGACCAUGUUGACGACGAUGCAAGACAACAGCGAUGACGAGGAGGAUGACAUGGACAUGGACGAGGACGACGAGGACGAGGCGUCCAAGGACGAGCUCAGCCUGUCACGCAAGCGCAAGGCGAGCGGCAUGAUCAGCGGCGCCCUCAAGUCCCGCGGCAUGACGCACUCGCGCGGUGGCGUGCCGGGGCGCGUCGGCAAGAGCAAGGGCCGCAAGAGCAAGCAGCAGCGCCCCAAGUCGUGGGACCUCAACAAGGACCUCGUCAAGAUGAAGAAGCGCGUGCUCGGCGUGUUUGACGGUCCUCGCCGCCUCGCCAAGGACGACAUGGUGCUGUCGACGGAGCACGAAGUCCGCAUCAAGCUCCAGGACGGCAAGUCGUACGUCACGGACCUCGACAUGUUCACCGUCAUGCGCGCCGAGGGCUUCCACGGGGCCACGGACGCAGAGAAGGGUGCCUGGGUGUCGGACGACCCGACCCCGGAGCAGUACCAGCAGAUGCAGGCCCUGCUCAAGCAGGAGCCGGUCGAAGCGUGA